AUGAAGACAUCAAUCUUCAUCGCCGUUGCCUCGGCCGCUCUCGUCUCGGCCGCCCCUGCACCCGUCAGCCUCGAAGCCCGCGCCCCUCCAAACAUCCCCACCAAAGCAACCGCUACCACGCUCCUCGCCGGCCUCACCGUUGCCGCUCAAGGUCCCCAAGAUGGUUACUCCCGCGAUCUUUUCCCUCACUGGAUCACCCAAUCCGGCACCUGCAACACGCGCGAGACGGUGCUAAAGCGCGACGGAACAAACGUCGUUACAAACGAUGCUUGCGCUUCUACCUCUGGAAACUGGCUUAGUCCCUACGACGGCGGUUCUUGGACUGCCGCCAGCGAUGUUGAUAUCGAUCAUAUGGUGCCGUUGAGCAAUGCUUGGAAGUCCGGUGCCGCAGCAUGGACAACAGCCCGCCGUCAAGCUUUCGCAAACGACCUCACUAACCCCCAACUGCUUGCUGUAACCGACAAUGUGAACCAGGCCAAGGGCGACAAGGGUCCUGAGGACUGGAAGCCGCCGCUAACGAGCUACUACUGCACUUACAGUAAGGCGUGGAUUAAAGUGAAGAGCGUGUAUUCUUUGACGAUUACGAGUGCGGAGAAGAGUGCGUUGACUAGUAUGUUGGCAACGUGCUCGUCGUAG